AUCCUUCUCUUACAUCCUCAAUCCUAAUUUCUUCUCUCCUCUACUUCCAGUCUACCACUUGGUAAAUAAAUUGGUGAAAGAAAAUUUAAGAAAAAAGAGAUCCAAAAAACGCAAAGAAACUGACCCAUUGAUUCGUCCGUUCAAUAGGUAAUAGGUAUCCUCCUUAAUUUCCCAACUCUCGCUCUCUUCCCCAUCUCUAUCUCGCUUCAGUUUUCAGUUCAAUUUCUUCUUUAAUACAGAAUUCAAUCUCGGAAUCGGUCUCUUUCUUCUAUCGCUGACUUUCAGUUUGUUUUGUAUUUGUGUGAUCAUCUCUAAUAGAGUAGGACUAUCUAAACCUGGCCAUAAUUAUCGAUCUAUCUAUGCUUUGAAUUCGGGGGGUGGGGAAGGCAUGUCUGGAAUCUUCAGAUGGAAGAAGGUCGCAAGGGAAACUGCGACGAGAACUGUCCGAUUAACAGCGCUAUCGGAGACUCAGUCCAACUACCGCUUCUCUCAGAAAUCGCCCAUCUCGACUCGGUUCAACUACCUCCACGUCGGUUCCUACCAUCGCAGGGAGUCUCUCAUAGGCUUUCAGGAGCGCCACAAAUGGGAGGGCAGUUCCGAUGACUCCCAGACUCGCAAGAUUCGAGCUGAGGCCAAUUGCCCACGCUGCUCCAAGAAGAUGGAUCUACUCUUCUCCAAUCGCCACCCCACCGCCUCUCCCAUAGCUGCUGGCGACAAGGGUGGCUACCAGGCCGUCAAUCUCUGCCGCAAUUGCAAGGCCGCAUACUACUUCCGCCCCCACAAGAUGGCUCCCCUGCAGGGCAGCUUCAUUGAGAUUGGCAGGGUCAGGGGUGGAGCACCAAAGGAUUCCGACAGGAAACCCGGCGAGAGUGGCAGUGAGGGUGACGGAAGCACCGCAAGUGGUGGUGGUGGUCCAGGCGAGGAGUUUGGGAACCGGCUUCGGGUGUCGUUCUGGGAAACGUUGAGGUCAUACGGUGGUGACCCACCUGAGAGUUGGCCACCUCCACCAACACCACCUGGGGAUAACGGGAAUGGGCUGGCGGUGCACACGCCUCCAGGCCCACCUUUUGCUCCUGGCGUCAAUGUCAUACGGGCUGCCGGUCCUGGCGUUCCAGGCGGCGGUAGUGGGGAGAAGAGUGGAUGGGGUGGAUCUAAUUUGGGAAAGGAUUUGCCCACGCCUAAGGACAUCUGCAAGGGCCUCGAUAAAUUUGUUAUUGGUCAGGAACGAGCCAAAAAGGUGCUCUCAGUAGCUGUGUAUAAUCACUACAAAAGGAUAUACCAUGCCUCUUUGCAGAAAGGGUCUGGAGGGGAAGCAGAGAACCCUGAAACUGAAAACGAUGAUGAUUCAGUGGAACUAGAGAAAAGCAAUGUCCUCUUGAUGGGUCCAACGGGCUCAGGAAAGACAUUACUAGCAAAAACACUGGCUCGUUUUGUGAAUGUGCCCUUUGUUAUUGCUGAUGCGACAACAUUGACGCAGGCAGGUUAUGUUGGAGAGGAUGUGGAGUCAAUAUUGUAUAAGUUACUCACGGUAUGGUUCACAAUUGCUGCAUGUAGUUUUACACACAGCUUCUUUGUCACAUGCUGAUUCAUGUACUUAAAA